AUGCCUGAAGCCAGUAUCGACGCGGGGCCGCGUCUUAGCUUCGGCCGCUUGCCAAAAGCUCAACGGGUCACGUUCGCUUGCAUAAGCGGGCACGGCGCUUGCCAGUGGAAGGUCGACGGUGAGGUUCGACCGAUUGAAAUACUGUAUUUCCACCCUUUGCGCUUUACAUACGACGAGAUGAAGUACGAGUUAAUCCAGCUUGUGUGCUUCAAAGAAACAGCAGCGCAGAGUGCGGAACCGAUCAACGUC